AUGCGAGUGACCUCUUACCUCGCUCUUCCCGUCCUUCUCCUCGCCAGUUCAGCACUGGCCGAAUCUUCAAGAUCGGCAAGUCAGAUAGCUCAAGAUGCGACAAAGCUGCUAGCUGAAGGGUCCUACAUAGAAGCUGCUAGAGCAUAUGGAGAGGCUAUAGAUCUAGACCCUACAAGCUAUGUGAACUACUACAAAAGAGCUACUGCGUAUCUUUCAGCUGGACGAAAUACAGCUGCUCUUGAUGAUUUCGAUAAGAUAUUGAAGAUCAAUCCAUCUUUCGCACAGGCACACUUGCAGAAAGCAAAGAUAUUAGCUAAAGAAGGAGAGUUUGAAAAAGCUCAGAGUGAACUGAAAGCUUAUGGGAAAAGUAAAAGUGAUAAUGAUUCAACCGAACUCGUUCAUUCUGUCACGUUAGCUACUGGAGCAAGUAAAUCAGCACACAAAGCAGCGAAAAGUAAAGACUGGAAUGUAUGUGUAGAUCACGCUACGAAAGCUUUAGAAGUGGGACCUAAUUCUUCUGAAUUGAGAGAAUUGAGAGUGAAAUGUGCCACGGAGUUAGGAGAUGUCCAAGCUGUUUAUGGGGAUUUGAGUCGACUGGCAUCGUUAAAUCCAUCAUCCAUAACUUAUCCGUUGAGAUUAUCUCAUAUAGCAUAUUUCCUACUAGGUUCCGAAGCAGCAACGACGCAUAUUAAACAAUGUUUGCAUUAUGAUCCAGAUUCCAAACCAUGUAAAGCGGUACAUAAACUUAUACGUAAAUUCGAGAAAGAAACUGCCAAAGCAAGGAAUUUCGUGGAAGGAAAUGUAUUCAGACAAGCUAUCCGAUUAUUCGAAGGUGAAGAUGGAUUACUACGGAAAUUCGAUAAUGCUCUAGAAGAAGCUAUGAAAAAUCAAUCCGAGUCAGAGGAACAAACCCCUUAUUUACCAAGGCAAUUUCACCCAAAAGAAAAAUCCGAAAUGAGAUUAGAGCUAUACUCGCUAGCUUGUAAAGCGAUAAUAGGACUUGGUGAUUUUAAGAAAGGGUCAAAGUGGUGUGAAAUAACUUUAGAAUUAGAUGAAAAUAACGUCGAUGGCUUAGUUGCAAAGGGUGAGAAGCUACUGAAAGACGAGAAUUGGGAAGAAGCCGUUAGAGUAUUAGAAAGAGCAUUUGAAAACUCCGGAAGAUCGAGAGAAGAUGUUCUGAAUAGAGUCCGAAAAGCUCAAAAAUUGUUGAAGCAGUCUAAACAGAAGGAUUAUUACAAAGUCCUUGGUGUACCUCGAGAUGCUGAUGAAAGGGAUAUCAAGAAAGCGUUCCGAAAAGCAGCCAAAAUCGCUCAUCCUGAUGUUGGUGGAUCAGAAGAGAAAAUGGCAACUCUGAAUGAGGCUUAUGAGGUAUUAUCGAAUUUAGAACUCAGACAAAGAUAUGAUAACGGUGAUGAUCCCAAUGACCCUCAUCAGGGAGGAGGUGGAGGGGGACACAAUCCAUUCGCACAUCAUGGGGGUGGUAUGCCAUUCCAAUUCUUCCAACAAGGAGGAGGAUUCCCUGGAGGCGGAUUCCCAGGUGGUGGAGGAGGAGGAGGUGGUGGACAGAAAUUCCACUUCCAAUGGAAUGGAUGA